AUGCAAAAAAUUCAAAACUUUAUAGAAAACAAUAAAGCAGCUGUUGCAAUUGUAGCUGUUGCUGCUGCUAUUGGUAUUGUUGGUAUAAAAGUAUUGAAUUCAGAUAAUAGAGGGAGUGCUAAGAUCUUGGAUGCAAGUAUAUAGAAAGUCCCCUUAAUUGAGAGACUGGGAGGAGAGUAAGCAAUUUAACCCAUGAUAUCAUUAUUAUUCGAUCGUAUUUCUAAUAAUAAGGAUUUAAAGUCCCUUUUCUAGAAUGUUGAAAAGAGUAAAGUUUCAUAGCAUUUUAAUGCUAUAGUUUUAUAUUUAUUUGGAGGAAAACCGCCGGCAUAAUAAAAUUUUUCAGAUCAUUGCAAACUAAAUAUAACAGAACUUCAAUUUAGCGUAAUUGUAAAUCUUUUAGAUCAAACUCUUAAAAUGUUAGGAGUGGAUGACAGAGAAAUCUUUGAUGCAAGAGAAGCAUUUUAAAGCAAGAAAUAAUUAAUUGUUAGUCCAAAUCAAAGUGCUUGAUACAUUUAAAAUCAAUAUAUAAUACAUAUAAUUAAAUAAUUACAAAAUUUAAUCUUGAAU